CUGGACACAGGAUUCCAAUCUUAGCACAGAGCGACCUCCCCUUGCCUGGUUUCCCAGCCAUCCGCCUAAAGGUACGCAGCUUAUCCGGUCCCCGCUCCCAGAGCUCGGGAUUCACAGCUCGCUCUUCGACCCAGCUUCAUCUCACAUCAACACCUUAUUGCCACCUAUUUUCCAGACCACAACACACAAUGUCUACCCGCAAGAGGAAGCAGGACGCUGAGGAGGAGGAGGAGCUCGUUGCUCUCCCGUCUGACGAGUCUGAAGACGAAGAAGAAUACCAGGAGUCUGAGGGCUCAGACUUUGGCGAGGAAGAAGACUCUGAUGCUGAGGCACCUCCCCCAAAGAAGAAGUCCAAGCGAACUUUCAAUGCUAAGGAUGCAGAGGAAGAGGAGGAUGAGGAGGAUGAGGAAGCUGAGCUAUACGAGGAGGAGGAAGUUGUUUCCGAUGCACCUGACGAGGAUGAAGACGAUGACGAGGAUGCUGAUGACAAGUCGAAGAAGCCCGCUGGUGCUGAGAAGGACCGCAAAGUCAAGACAACAAAGAGGGACGAGGCUGUUCCUGUCGUCGACGAUGACGAUGAGGACGACGAGUGAGCCCCGAGUAAUGUGCUGUUGUGACGAAAUGCGCCGAGCAACAAGGUAGCUGCAUAAUGAAUGGUUGUGUC